AUUUUUUUUAUUUUUUCUGUGUUUUCCGAUUGAGUAUUUUUGUUUUUGAUUUCGUUAAUAACUAGAAUAGUGGAAUAGUGGAGUAUUUAAUAUAAUCAAUGACAUAAUCAUAAUGGGAAGAGCAGAAUAUGGAACACCAAAGUACUUUUCCAAUCAAAUGAAAUCGAUAGGGCUUCAAAAAUUGAAAUUUUUCUGUCAAGUUUGCGAGAAACAGUGUCGAGACGCCAAUGGAUACAAAUGUCACACACAGUCUGAAUCGCAUAUCAAGAAGAUACAAUAUUUCGGGACGAAUAAAAGAGAAUAUACAAAGGUGAUUGAAAACUACUCAGAGAAUUUCGAAAGGGAGUUUUUGAGAUUGUUGAAAAGGAAACAUGGAACGAAAAAAAUCAAUGUGAACAAAUUUUACCAAGAAUAUAUAUUGGAGGAUAAAAAGCACAUCCAUUUGAAUUCAACCAAGUGGUCGAGUCUAACGAGUUUGAUCAAGCAUCUUUCGAAGGAAGGCAAAGUGCAUUUCUACGAGGACGAGCAGCAGCAGAGCAGUGGAAACAGCAAUGAGGACUACAACAUGAACUUCUACCUGAUCUCAUACAUCGACCACGACACAUUGCAAAGGGAGGAGACCCAGAAGAAGAAGAGUUUCAAGGCGAGCAGAACUGAGGAAGAGCGAGAGAUGGCGUUUGUGAGCCAGCAAAUGUCAAGGGCCGAGGCAUUGCUCCGGGCCCAGGAAGCAGAAGCAGGAGCAGAAGCAGAAGCAGCAAAAACAAGAGAAACGCCACCCUCACGUGGGCCGGUGCGGCUCCUGUUGAAAAAGAACAGCAGAGUUGUGAAGAAACACAACGUCUUCCGGAGGCACGCGGUGGGGUCGCAGUGAGCUUUCUUGCUGUGUGUGUUUGUGUUGUGUUAGAUGAAGCACCCUAUUGAGAAUGGUAAGUGUCUGUGCUUCCUGUGCUUCCUGUGCUUCCUGUUCUUCUUGUGUCCAGCUACUAACUCUCCAUGGCAGUCGAAUCUAAACAUCUACUCCUUUUCUGAGGACACCUUGAAAAAACUACGCAAAUUUCGCUUUAGCAGUGCUCGUGCCAGCACAAUGCAAGCGAUGGUGUUUUACAUCGACGACUCAUACGAUAUCAAGCCGGAGGACUUGGAUGCAAUUACCUCCAUCGACCAGUUGGUU